AUGCGAUUCAUCAACUAUCUCCGCCGCAAGUUCAAGCGCAAGGGCAAACAGGCCCAGCAGCCUCAGACUCAGCCGCAGCCGCAGUCCGCUCCCAUAUCAGAGGAGCCGCUGCUUGUCGACUACCCACCGACUGAGCGCCGUGACGGCUGGCAGUCCGUCGACUCUCGCGAGGGAUCCCAGAGCGGCCACGAGGGCGACUGGUCCGGCCACCUUCAUCAGCGUGCCCCAACCCCUCCCGUCCCGGCUCAGGAUGCUUCUACUGGCGCCAUCGCCCAGACUUGGGGCGUAUUCAAGGAGUACAUGAUCAAGCUCCUGAACACAGAUCCCCGUUCCGUCCCUUCUCGCGUCACAUCUCGCUUGCGCCGCCAGGACUAG